AUGCUGCAGCCGCCGACGCGGCGAGGCUGGAAAAGAAAGAGCAGCAGCAGGAGCAGCAGCAGCAGAGGCAGCAGUGCGAAACGCAGCAGCAGCAGCAGAUCCCGCUUGCGCAGCAGCAGCAGCAGUAGCAGCAGCAGCAGCAUUGAAAGCAGCUUCACUAUCAGCAGCGGCCCAAGUGCCGAUGAGGCCCCGCGCUCUGCUGAGUUCACACUCACCAGCAAAAGCAGCAAAUUCAGCAGCAGCAGAGUGAAAAGCAGGAGCACCAAGAAGAGCAGCAGCAGCAGUAGCAGCAGCAGCAGCAGCAGCAGCAGGGUUCCUGCUGUAGCUAUUACUGGCGCACUCUCUCGCCAGCGCUCGCUGGUCCAUUUGCCCCUUAACCAUCCAACUCCUGUUCCUGGCAUUCGUUUUGCUGCUGCUGCAGCAGCACCUGCUGCACGUGCUGCUGCUGCUGCUGAGCCAGCAGCACGAGCAGCAGCAAAGAAAGCACCUGCAGCGACAAGUGCAGCACGUGAAACGUCAGAUUACGACGUCUGUAGCGAACUAGGUCUCGAGGCAGAGCUUGCUGCUGAACCAGCAGACGCAGCAGCAGCAGAAGCAGCAGCAGCAGCAGCAGCAGCAGCAGCGGUAAGCAGCAGCAGCGUCAAGAAAGCUGAAUGGGGCCGGCGGCGCAGCACCCUUCGCAUCGAGCCCAUUUCAGAGAAUGAGCUCUCCGAGUCCUCAACCCCAGCAGCAGCAGCAGCAGCAGCCACCAGCACCAGCCGCAGCAGCAGCAGAUGA